AUUCUAAAGAUUUUGUUAGUAAAGUUUAACAAUGACUCAUUUAACCAGUCUGAUCAUCUUUUUUGUAAAACCUUUUUUGUCAGUUUAGCCAUUUUCCACAGUUGAAUCCUAACUGUUCUUUAUAGUUUAGUAGUUAUCAAUCCAAUGACUGAAGUUUCUAGAAAAGCAACUGACCAUCUGCCUUGCUCAGAUGCGCCCCCUUCUGGAUGAUGAACACACUUGUCAUGCAGUUCAUAGAUAUGACUACAGGGGGCAGCAGAGAAAUUGCUCCACUUUCCUUUUUUGUGUUUACUUCCGGUUAUCUCGCGACUUUGCAGACGAGGGAAACUCGAACAAUCUGCACCUAAAUUGUUUCAGUAAAAUGAACCAACAACAGUCUUUAUUUGACUACUGGACAGAAGAAAACAACGAGUUGGUAAGAAAUUGUAAGAAACAGGAAGGACAGAAUGCUGUUGGGCCACAUCUAACCUCUGGGUUUCAAAAACUGUUGAGAAAAAUACAAGGAGUCCCACCUGAAACCGAUCACGCACAGCUGGAGCUCUCGGUUGUGUACAAUGCCUGCAUCUGCUUGAUUUCACAGUCUCAGUUCACUGAAGCUGAGCUCCUCCUCAAACAAGCAACUGAGAGAAUUCUACAAAUGAAAGGGGAAAACCUUUGUCAGUCAGAUGCUCCUAUACUCUGGAUAACUGCUAUCCGAUCAGUGGAGAACACAGCUUUGCAUCCCUUCCUGCUGCUUCUUCCAUGUCUGCAGUGGGCAAUAUGGCUGGCCACAUGCCAGCUAAAGCCUAUAAAGGAUUUUCAGGAGUCCUCCAUGUUUGAAGCUCUAAGUAGUGGAGUUGGAGGUGAUUGUGGAGAAGAUGCAAAGGAAACCUCCACAAAGGUUCCUUUACUGGUGAUGGAUCCGAAAAGGUUUACUGAGUUAUUGCAAAUCUGCAGAGUCAUUGUUCAAAGUGCAGAACAGAUGAAUGAGGGUCGGAGCUCUGAAGCUCUGCCUCUUUUGCAGGCGGCUUCCAAACUGCCAGCUCCCAAAACUCUUGUUGCUUACACACACCUCCUGUCAGGCUCAUGCCUCGCCCAUAUGAACUGCCCUCAGAUGGCACUGCAUUGCUACAAAAAGGCCCUAGAAACAGACGCCCAGUGUGUGUAUGCGCUCCAUCAGAGCACACUUGUCUAUUGUGAGCUUGGAAACACGCAAGCUGAGAUACAAGCUCUUCAUAUAAUGCACUCGACUUUGUUAUUGCCUUCACCUGCAGAGCCCUCCACCGCUGGAGUCCAACUUCUCUCUCCGUCUUUGCUUCUCGGCAGCCAAUCACUGAAAGACCUGCUCUCAGUCCCAUCUGCUCUCAGUGUCCUUCACAGACUGGCUCUCAAAUGCAUUCUCAGUGGCAGAGUGUCUGAGGGGGUUAAACACUACCUUGACCUUCUGGCUACCCUUCACUCAGAGGAUCAUCACAGAGUAAAAGUGCAUUCUGAGUUCUCCACCCUCCCCAGGUUACCCAAACUCUACUUAGAAGCUGCAGUUGCCUUGCUUAUGGCCCAGCGACCUGCAGACAGUAUGGCUCUUUGCAUGGAAGUUGUUGACUCAACGCUGGAACUUCUGCCUGAGACAGUAGUGAUUGAAGAACCAGAGGAGGGCAGUGAGGCUAUGCAAAAGGAGGGAGAAGACAGAAUUGCAGCGCUCCUCUGGGCUGCAGCUGCAUACCUGCUACAAGGUCAAUGCUACUCUCAGCUGAAGGACUGGAAACAAGCUGUGACUCACUACACAAGGUGUGUCAACAUGCUUGUGAAAGUGCACUUUAAAAGGAGAGAUGCCCAGACAGACGUUUCCCAAGCAGGAAGACACCUCAGCCAAACAGCUAACCUGCACAUCCUUCAAAGGCUUAAAGGCCUUUCGUUAGCUGGUCGGGGGAUCAGCUUCAGCCAGAUGGACCACCUUAAGGAGGCUCUAAGGGACCUCCAGCUGAGCCUACAGGCUCUUCCAGAGGGUAUAGGUGCAGGGCUGUGGUGUGGUGAAGUACUGUGGAGGCUUGACAGAAAGCGGGAGGCAGCAGCUCGUUGGGAAGCGACCUGGAGCCUUCCAACUCAGUCUUUAACAGAGAGUUUUCCCUUGUAUGCACAAGAACCCUCCUUUGGCCCUUUGUUGGACUCAACGGAACUACGACACAGAAUACAGGAACUUGGUCCAGUUUAGACAAAUAUGAGGAUGUCUUAUUACAGAAUAACCCUUCUCUGAUCUAAAAUGAGGUUUAUUUCCUAAACAAGAAAAUAAAAACAAAGAAAGUGAAAUAAA